AUGACCGACGUCCAGACGCAGAUCAAGCAGGCCGCCACCCGCAACGCAGAGCUCCUCUCCACCCUCCGCGAGACGGACCACGCGCCGCCGGACCUCGAGAGCCAGGAACGCUACAUCGCCGACCUCACCAACCAGGUCACCGCGUCGGACAAGAAGCUCAAGGAGCGUGAAUGGAAGAGGAACAAGGAAUUCAAGGAGCACGAAAAGUACCGCGACAGCGUCGUCAAACGCUUCGCCUUCAAGGUCUCGGGCAACCGCCAGAAGUUCGAGGCCCGCGCCGAGAAGGAGGAGCGCGAGUACUUUGAGGCCCUGCAGAAGGAGCAGCGCGAGCGCAAGAGCCGCGAGGAGCUCGACCGGCUACUAGCCGAGGCCAAGACCGUCCGGGACGAGCUGCAGACGGCCGCCGAGCGCCACCGCGCGGCGCAGCAGGAGCUCGACUCGCUCUACACCUCCAUCUUCCAGGGCCCGACACCGGGCUUCCCGGACGAGGACGCCAAGGAGCAGGCGGCGGCGGCGGCACUGCAGGAGUACCACGACGCUCGUGUGGCGGAGGAGACGGAGGCGCAGGUCGUGCAGGAGCUUGGCCAGGCGCGGCAGCACAUGGAGAAGGCGCGGCUGUACGGCGAGGAGGCUCGCAGCAUGUCGCACUGGGACAUGUUUGGCGGCGGCAGCAUGGCCGACAUGAUGGAGCGCGAGAACCUGCACAAGGCCGAGAUGCACGUGCAGCACGCGCGCAUGAGCAUGUCGCGCGCGCAGCAGCUGUCGCGGCAGGUCGGCCCCCUGCCCGACGUCAACAUCGCGCAGGGCAGCAUCAUCAGCGACGUCCUGUUCGACAACAUCUUCACCGACAUAGCCUUCCACGACAAGAUCUUGGACUCCCUCGAGGAGGUGCAGCGGUGCCAGGCAGCGCUGCAGCACGAGUUCGCCAGCGCCAAGGAGCGCCACCAGGGGCUCGCGGCCGACUUGCGGGUCAAGGAGCAGAGGCUUGAGGAGACGAGGACCGAGCUGCAGGGGGCCAGGGAGGCAGCCUUCGUGAGCCUGGGAGGCGCACCCCCGGCUUACGACACACUUGAAAUGGAAUAA